AUGGUCGGCACGGGUAGGCAAGCCCGCCCGUCGUCCCCUCCCGUCGGGAUCUCGCCCAGCCCCACCCCCACCCCCACCCCCACCCCCGUCCACGAACCAACGGAGGCGGCGAGGCAUCUCCACCGCCGGCGAGAAAUCCAGCUAGGGUUUCCGGCGAGCGAGCCGAUGGGGCGCGCGCCGUCGCCGAAGGACGCCGCGGGCGGGGAGCCGGAGGCGUGGUACGGCAGCAUCCAGUACCUCGUCAACAUCUCGGCGGUGGGGGCCGCCUCCUGCGUGCUCCUCUUCCUCCUCGUCAAGCUCCGCUUCGACCACCGCCGCAUCCCGGGGCCCUCCGCGCUCGCCGCCAAGCUGCUCGCCGUCUACCACGCCACGGCCCCGCAGAUCGCGCUCCACUGCGGCGCCGACGCCGCCCAGUUCCUCCUCUUCGAGCGCGCCUCCUUCCUCGUCCUCGCCGCCGUCUCCGCCGCCGCCUUCGCCGCGGCCCUCCCGCUCAACCUGCUCGCCGGGGACGCCGCCAUCGCCGACCAGUUCGCCGCCACCACCAUCUCCCACAUCCCCAGGGCCUCCCCGCUGCUCUGGCUCCACCUCCUCCUCACCGCCGCCGUCGUCGCCAUCGCGCACCUCGGCAUCUCCCGCAUGGAGGACGCCCUCCGCAUCACCCGCUUCCGCGACGGCAACGGCAACCCCAGCGACCCCAACUCCAGCUCCGUCGCCGUCUUCACCAUCAUGAUCCAGGGCAUCCCCAGGGCGCUCGCCGCCGACAAGGCCCCCCUCAAGGAGUACUUCGAGCACAAGUACCCCGGCAAGGUGUACUGCGUCAUUGUGCCCUUCGACCUCUGCACGCUGGAGUACCUCGCCGACGAGUGGGGGAAGGUCCGGAACAAGAUCUCCUGGCUGGAGGCGAAGAUGGACGCCCGCAGCCUGUUUGACGAGUUUGUGCAGGACGAAUCGGGGCAAUUAGAAGCGCACUGGCUUGUCAGGAGAUGCAAAGAGCUGUGGGCAAUGGCCGCGCAGAGGUUCGGGUUUACUGAUGAUGAGAGGCUAAGGAAGCUGCAGACAAGGAAACUCGUGAUUGGGAGCAGGCUGUCGGAUUACAAGGAAGGGCGUGCGCGUGGUGCUGGCAUAGCUUUUGUUGUGUUCAAGGAUGUGUACACGGCAAACAAGGCUGUGAGAGAUUUCCGGAUGGAAAGGAAGAAGACACCCAUUGGCAGGUUCUUCCCAGUGAUGGAGCUACAGCUUGAGAGGAGCCGAUGGAGAGUGGAGAGGGCGCCACCAGCAUCAGAUAUCUACUGGAAUCACCUUGGGAUGAACAAGACCUCACUAGCCUUGCGGCGGAUAGCGGUUAACACCUGCCUCAUUGUAAUGCUCCUGUUCUUCAGUUCACCAUUGUCAAUACUCAGUGGAAUGCAAAACGCAGCACGGAUCAUCAAUGUGGAGGCUAUGGAUAGUGCCAAAUCAUGGAUUGUUUGGCUUCAAGGCUCAAGCUGGUUCUGGACAAUAAUCUUUCAGUUUCUACCCAAUGUCCUCAUCUUCGUGAGCAUGUAUAUUAUCAUCCCAUCAGUACUGUCAUACUUCUCCAAGUUUGAGUUCCAUCUGACAGUGUCGGGGGAGCAGAGAGCUGCAUUGCUGAAGAUGGUUUGCUUCUUCCUUGUUAAUCUCAUCUUGUUGCGUGCGCUGGUGGAAUCGUCGCUUGAAAGUUGGAUUCUUAGCAUGGGACGGUGCUACUUAGAUAGUGCUGAUUGCAAGCAGAUUGAACAUUACCUGAGCCCAUCAUUCUUGUCGAGAUCUUCACUUUCUUCCCUGGCGUUCUUAAUCACAUGCACCUUUCUGGGAAUAUCUUUUGAUCUGCUGGCUCCAAUCCCUUGGAUAAAGCAUAUACUGAAGAAAUUCAGAAAGAAUGAUAUGGUCCAGUUGGUCCCUGAAGAAAAUGAGGAAUACAGAUCUAUGAACAAUGACGAAGAAACAAAUGGUCUGGUAUCGCCUCUAAUGUCUGAGAGAGAAGACAGUGACAUUCUGAAUGGUUUCGAGGGGCAUGAUCUUUCCAUGUACCCAAUAAACCGGAGCUUCCACAUGCCAAAGCAGAAAUUCGACUUUGCACAAUACUAUGCAUUUGACAUCACAAUAUUCGCGCUCACGAUGAUCUACUCACUGUUUGCUCCGCUUGUGGUUCCUGUCGGUGCAGUAUACUUUGGCUACCGUUACCUUGUGGACAAGUACAAUUUCCUGUUCGUGUACAGAGUCAGAGGAUUUCCUGCAGGCAAUGAUGGGAAGCUGAUGGAUAGGGUGCUGUGCAUCAUGCAAUUCUGUGUCAUCUUCUUUCUUGCUGCUAUGUUGCUCUUCUUCGCAGUCCAGGGUGAUUCCAUGAAGCUACAGGCUAUAUGUACUCUUGGGCUGUUAGUGUUCUAUAAGUUGCUGCCGUCUGGAAGUGAUCGCUUCCAGCCGUCCUUGUUAGAAGGGAUGCAGACAGUUAAUAGCUUUGUAGAUGGUCCAACGGAUUAUGAAGUUUUUUCACAACCUGACCUGGAUUGGAAUCUGUAUCAAUCCUGA